GUGGAUCUGCGCGGGGGGUACUACGAGGGCGGCAGCAACGUGAAGGCGGGGCUGCCGGGGGCGUUCGCCGCCACCAUGCUCGCGUGGAGCCUCGUUGACUUUGGCCGCCACAUCCUCGCUGCGGGCGGCACCGCGCAGCUCUCCGGCGCGCGCGACGCGCUGCGGUGGGCGACGGACUACCUCAUCAAGGCGCACACCAAACCCGAGGAGCUCUGGGCGCAGGUGGGCGACGUGGUGACGGACGGGGCGUGCUGGCAGCGGCCGGAGGACAUGAGCACAUCGCGCACGGCGUACCGCAUCAAUGCCACCCGCCCCGGAUCCGACCUCGCCGCUGAAUCCGCCGCCGCCCUCGCCGCCGCCUCCCUCGCCUUCCGAGACGCCAACGCCUCGUACGCCGCCUCCUGCCUCGCCCACGCGCAGCAGCUGUUUGUGUUUGCUGACAAGUACCGCGGCGUGUACAGCACGGUCGUCCCUGGGGCGGCGCUCAAGUUCCCCUCCACGGGCUACACGGACGAGUUGGCGUGGGCGGCGGCAUGGCUGUACAGGGCGACGGGGCUGAGGCGGUAUUUGGAGUAUGUGCAGCGCAAUGAGGCGGCCAUUGGGGGGACGCAGCAGAUGCACACGGAGAUGAGUUGGGACCAGACGCUGCCCGGCGCGCAACUGCUGCUCGCACAGGCGCUGUGGGCGGGGCUGCCGGCGAGCAUCCAGGGGAGUGCAGCGAUAAUGGGGGUGGUGGAGGGGUAUGCAGGCAUGGCCGAGGUGUAUGCGUGUGCGCACAUGCCUGCCAACCCCCUGCGAGCCGUCUACACCACGCCGGCCGGGCUGCUGUAUGUGCGCGGCAGCAACGCCCAGCUCGCCCUCUCCUCCGCCUUCCUCCUCGCUCUGCUCGCCGACUUCCUCGCUGCCGCCGCCCGCUCCCUCGACUGCCAAGGCGUCUCCUUCUCGCCCUCCCAGAUCACCGCCUUCGCCCAGUCCCAGGUGGACUAUCUGCUGGGCAGCAAUCCGCUCGCCGUCUCCUUCAUGGUCGGCUUUGGCACCGCCUUCCCCCAGAAGGUGCACCACCGGGCGGCGUCCAUUGUCUCAUUCAACACGGACCCGUCGCCAGUGACCUGCCAGGGCGGCAACACCACGUACCUGCAGAGCGCCUCCCCCAACCCCAACGUGCUCGUUGGCGCCAUUGUUGGCGGCCCCAACGCCGUGAGUCGGGCUCGGGGGGGAGAGGGAGGGGAGGGCAACGCCGGCAAGCGCCCCCCGCCACCCAAGUCCACGAUCCCCAGGGCACCGCCUGCUCCUGUGUCUGCACCACUGAGCCUGGUGAACGUGACGUGUGCAGUGACGGGCAGCUGGCAGCAGUACGGGGAGCAACAGAACAUGUGGAGCUGCGACGUGUGCAACACCAACGCCUCCUUUGCUGUGCGCGACGUCGCCCUUGCGUGCUUCAACUUCGAGCCCUUCAAUGCGUGGAAUUUUGAGGUUGUUUCAUGCUCUCUGCCCUCGUGGGCGCAGUACAUUCCUGGAGGUGGCAAGCGCAACUUUGGGUUCAUCCAAUCAGCCCGACUAAAACCAUCGUUCAAAGCCACCUGGGUCACCUGGCUCGGCCCGCCUCUUCCUCCUCCCAGGAGACCAAGAUCAGCAUCGUGCAUCCCCCCAUCUACAUUCUGGGGAAAGCUACAAUGCCAGGUUCUAAGCAUGGGUUGUUGCAUGCAAGUGAGCGCGCCACCAGCACCAUCAGCAACAUGA